CCAGGCUCAAACCCAGUUUUUAUCACCACCCCACGUUGACAAUGCGAAUGCAACAAUGGUUGUUAACAUCACAAUGCAACUAACUGCUCAAUGGGAAUUUGUUUCUUAUACUGUCCACUCAAGUAUAGUGAUAGGCUACUAUAAGACAGCAAAAGCGAAGCACGAGUGGAUAAAAAAGGAAGCGUUUUGUUCCCCCUGACACAUAACAGUACAUUUGAAAGAGUGAGCUGGCCAGCAUGAUUGAGAACCUGUCAUGGAGAGAAAAAGAAAACUAUUUUACACAUCGAAAGGAAUCCACCAAACAUACUAUGGAAUGCCUUUCCCUGAAGAGAGCAAACAAUGGCAGAUCACUGUAACGGACCCAAAAUGAAGAUAAACCUUUGUUAUGUAAAGCUUCCAUGAGCAUGUCCUUGCUAUAUAAUGAGAGGCCUCCAUACACAUACCAGGCUCCCAAUUUAAAGCUCCCGAUUGCACAAAAAGUCAAGUGGAAACUGCCAUAUUGCCAUAAUAUUCUCCUGCCAAACGCAUGACCACAGAAGACAUGUGUAUAUGUGUGUAAACCGCUGCCACUAGGAAAGGUUAACCAGUUGCUAAAAAGAUGUCAUGUAUUUGUUUUUCCCUCAUUAUUCAUACAUUAAAAAAAAAUCUCUCAACGCAGGGACAUGGAGCUAGAGAGCAUACCUAUCAAAUGUCCCGCCGCUAUUAAAUGUUCAGUGAGAGAGUGACACGGAGAGCUGGGAGGAGAAAAGGAAAUCUAUCCCACCUCCCCCCCUUCCCUCCCCCUUUCUGUAUUACUGUUCCUCCCUCCCUGGCCAGUGUGGAGCGGGGAGAUUAACCUGAGUGACUGUGUGUGUGAGAGAGGAGUGUUUAAAGCAGCGUGCCGGGCAGAGCAGAGCAGAUACUCCCAGCUGGCCAGAGGAAUACUACACUGCACCGGGAGAGGUGAACUGAGGACAAAACAUAAGCCCAAGGACCCUGUCGGGACCCAAACAAGUUCUGAACCCUUCGACCGCAGCUGACCAGACCCUCUCUGCCUUCCCCGUUUGAAGUGUAUGUCUCUGGGACACUGAGGCACGAGGGGUGUGGAAGGAGCAGUUCCUGAGAGGACAACAGUUACAAGAGGCAGCGAACCAGAGAUGGACACCAGUCUUCUGACGGGCGCUGAAGACAAUGAGUCGGUGUGCGCCGCGCUCGCCCGCUACGAGGCCACGCUGAGAGACGCCGUGCGGGAGAUCCACGUGGACGUGACUGCCUUCAAACAGGGGGUGGAGCGGCGCCUGGAGGAGGCGGAGACCCACGCCGGCGAGGGGCUGCUGGGCCGGAUCGUGGCCCAGCUACAACGGGAGAACCGGCAGCUCCGGGGCCAGCUGGAGGCCCUCACCCGACAGGUGGAGCUCCUCACGGGGACGGUGGGCGACAGAGGCGUCCCGACGACCAGCAACGGCUACCCUCACCAGCCAGCCUCCGCCCAGGCCCAGCCACAGAGCAGCAGCCAUGGGAUGGGGAGCCCCCAGCCUCACUCCACUCCCCCCACCAGCCCCGCUGGUGGCCCCAGCACGGGAGCCCUCACCGGGUCAGCCUCGGGGUCGGCCUCCAGCCCCAGCGCCACCCGCUUCUCCACCCGAGCAUCCUUCGCCGUGUCCAGCAAAGCCAAUAGUAUUGAGCGGGAGGAGCCGAUUGAGGUGGAUCCGCCCCCUGGGUCUCCUGCCCUGGCCAAUGGACACUCGUCCGCUGCAGAGACCUCAACGGUGUCACACGAAAAAAGCCCACCAGCUAGUAACAACGUCCCUCAUGAACACACGGCCCCGGUUGCCAUGCGGAUGCUGCACCACCCCAUCACCGCCACCACCAAAACGGCGGACCCCUCCGCCAUGAAGAGCGAAUCACCCUCCAGUCCUGUACGCUCCCAGCCGUCGCCUCCGGCAGAGCCACCUGCCAACAACCAGCCUCCGUCUAUACCAGAGCCCCUCCUUCAGCCAGGGCCUUCCGUGAAGACAUGGACAACCAGUCCCAGCCGAGUUCUGGGAUCUCCGCGACUCUCAGAAAAGUCUUCAUCUGCGCCCCCAAAGUCAGUGACCUACAGUGGUCUGAUCCAACACAACAGGGUGGAAGAUUUGGGUGGGGACACGCCCUUUGGGCAGGGAGUGGAGCGGAGGCGGGAUCUGGUGAGGUCACAGACGUUACCACGUAACAUUGGAGCUCAGGCCCGCCGGUCCAUCUUCGAGAGGCUGGAUUCUGAAGCCAGCAGGCCCAAGCCUAUGGACUCCAGGCCCAUGCUGAAGCGUUCCCAGAGCUUUGGCGUCUCCAGCGCCAGUAGCAUUAAACAGAUUCUUCUGGAAUGGUGCCGCUCCAAAACCAUAGGAUACCAGAACAUAGACAUCCAGAACUUCUCGUCCAGUUGGAGUGAUGGGAUGGCCUUCUGUGCCCUGGUCCAUUCCUUCUUCCCUACUGAGUUUGAUUACAACCUGCUGACGCCGGCAGACCGCAAGCACAACUUCGAGCUGGCCUUUGGAACAGCGGAGAAGAAGGCGGGCUGCGACAGGCUCAUCGAAGUGGAGGAUAUGAUGACGAUGGGCCGCAAGCCGGAUCCUAUGUGCGUCUUCACCUACGUCCAGUCAAUGUACAACCACCUGCGCAAGUUCGAGUGACGCAAACCUGUUGCCGCUUUCACGGUGACAUGGACGAUUCCGCCCACCCGCGCUCUUGUCUUCAAGGGCAGCAGUGACUCACUCACUGAAAGACCACACCGCCCCCUGCUGGAAUGAACUGGAUAUUUCUCCAGCUUGAAAAACACUGCAGUGUUAUGUUGUGAGUGGGAGGUCUUUAAACACGCGCAGUUGUGAAGUGUCCUUAUGUUUAUGAGUGCUGUGUAUUGAUUCCCUGAAAGUCUUUGUUAUGAUUUUCAUUUUCGACUUACCAUUAUAUUGACUUAAGAGAACGGGAUAUGUUUCAGAUUAAACGUGUCUGUUUGAAAAAGAGGAAUGGAAUAGUGUAACACUGCACCUGGCAUGAGGAAAGAGGACUGAGGAUUAAUUUGUCUAGACAGAAUGUUAUCUAGAGUUUCAUUUGUUCAUGCAUCAUUUGUACUUUUCUUUCAUACUGUGUUUUUUCAGACCUGACUGUGUCCCUAAAGGAACAAAAAAUGCAGCUAGAUGGGCAACCAGUACCAAAGUGUGCUUUUUCAACAGAAUCCAUGUGGGCAUUACCUAUUGUAGAACUAUAACUAUAAUGUAGAAUGGUUUGCUUUUUGAAGAGAUGGAGUGUAAAAUUUAACUCCGUAUAUAGUACCCACUUGAUAGAAAGUUGAAAAUUGCCUUUUACUGUUUUAUAGUGUGAAUGUGAUGGUUGGGAUUAUAUUUUCUUAGACUAAAUAUAAAUGUAAAAUUACAGAAAUCCAAAUAAAUAUUGUCAUUUCUUUCACACACACC